CGACGCAGAGGGGAGGCCUGACCGGGGGAGCCGGCCGCGUCCCGCUUCUGCUCCCGGUGAGACGUGGCGGCCGCCUCUGCGCGGCUUCAGGUGUGCGCGUGAGGGGCUGAGCGCUCGGCUGGGAGCCUGGAGAACGUCGUCUUACGCGGCUCGGGGCUCCCAGUGCGAGAGCGGGGCCUGCGGUUCUUAAGGCGGCCUGAAGGCUGUGUCACCACGCGUUGUUUUCCUCCCUUUCCGGUCCUCCGUGGUCCUGAGGUCGGUUCUGUGACCGGAGAUGGCCGUGUCCGAGUGGCACAUCGCGGUGAAGCUGGCGGACCAGCCGCUGGCUCCCAAAUCCAUCUUACGCUUACCUGAGACGGAGCUCGGGGAGUGUCCCCUGGGCGGGUGCAGCAUCUCCCACCUCAAGCAGCUGAUCACCGGCAAGCUGCAGGAGUCCGUCCCGGACCCCGAGCUCAUCGAUCUGAUCUACUGUGGCCGUAAGCUGAGGGAUGACCAGACGCUUGAAUUUUAUGGCAUCCAGUCAGGCUCCACUGUCCAUGUCCUACGCAAGUCCUGGCCUGAGCCUGAUCAGAAACCAGAGCCAGUGGACAAGGUGGCAGCAAUACGGGAGUUCCGUGUCCUUCACACAGCCCUGCACAGCAGCCCUGCUUACAGAGAUGCAGUGUUCAAAAUGCUGGGGAACAAGGAGUCGUUGGAUCAGAUCAUAGUUGCUACUCCUGGCCUCAGCAGUGACCCAGUCGCUUUGGGCGUCCUGCAGGACAAGGAUCUCUUCUCAGUGUUUGCAGACCCCAGCAUGUUGGACACGUUAAUACCGGCUCACCCCGCACUCGUGAAUGCCAUUGUCCUCGUCCUGCACUCAGUGGCAGGCAGCACCCCACUCCCAGCCCCAGAGACGUCCUCCCGUGCCAUGUCCUCUGGCUCCUACCGUGACAUGCCGGGUGGUUUUCUGUUUGAAGGUCUCUCUGACGAUGAAGAUGACUUUCACCAGAGCACAAGAUCAACACCAUCCAGCAGCACUUCUGGUUCCCGCCCAGCUUCCCUUGGUUACUCUGGGGCUGCUGGACCACGGCCCAUCACCCAGAGUGAGCUGGCAACUGCACUGGCACUGGCCAGCACCCCAGAGAGCAGUUCCCACACACCAACCCCUGGUACCCAGGGUCAUUCCUCUGGGACUUCCCCUAUGUCAUCCAGUGUCCAGUCAGGAACACCCAUCACCAAUGACCUCUUCAGCCAGGCCUUGCAGCACGCCCUGCAGGCCUCAGGGCAGCCCAGUCUGCAGAGCCAGUGGCAGCCACAGCUUCAGCAACUGCGAGACAUGGGCAUACACGAUGAUGAGCUGAGUCUCCGGGCUCUGCAGGCUACUGGAGGGGACAUUCAGGCUGCCUUGGAGCUCAUCUUUGCUGGUGGGGCUCUCUAGCUCUGGGCAGGAGGGCCUGGACCACUGUAUGGCACUGACAUUCCUCAGUCUGGGACUCCAGCCCAAAGCUCUGUGGGGAAUGGAGCAGCUGAGGUGGCUGCUUCUAUCCGUGCAGGUGGGUUGGAGAGCAUGGAGCAAGCUGAGGACAGUUCCUCCAGCUCCUGUGAUCUCUUUCCAGCCUUCUCCCCAUUCUGACCACCAUUAUUGAGACCUCAGAGCUUUGUUCAGCGCAGAGAAAAAUGCAGCUCUUGUGUGCUGGGAAGAUGCAGCACGGUUCUGCAGUCUUAGAUCUGGUGACGUUCUGUACUGUUGCCUGCUGUUUCGUUCCUGCCCACCUGCCAUGCCUCAGGCUAUCUCCUUUUCCUCUUGUGGUCCCUCCCUGUGUUUGACUGUAUUAAAUGGACUGUAUUCA